CUUGGAAAAAACAGACAGCCCCUGGAAAAUUGGCGUGACCUUGUAUCCAAAUCUGAGAGUGUAAUUUAUAAUAAAAUUAGUUAAGUCUGAAAAAUCAUGUGACUGUAAAUGAGGGAAACCACGUGUCUCUUUAUGUGAAGUGGUGCCAAUCUUAAAGCAAAAGGAAGCUCGUGUUGUUUGCACGUAAUUUCAAUUGAAGUAAUUAAUGACGAAUCUGUCUGAGGUAUACAAACAUUCUGUUGUUGCCCUAGUGACUCAUAAUGCUUUAGAAUACCUUCUGAAUCUGUAUAGCUGUCCUGUUGUGAAGAUUAGCUGCUACCUCCACUUGAUACUGAAUUCUGUCAUUUUUUAACUCCUUAGGAGUAUUUUAUUAAAAGCAUAGACCAUAUCAACAGAAAUUAAGAUUUUUGGAUCGGUGGACUAAUCAGUUACCUGUAACAUUUAGCACAGCAGCAUCUCUAUUAGGGUGUGUGCUUGCAUGGCAGCAUCAGCUGGAACUCCCAGAACACAAAAGAGCUGUUGCUGUUUAAUUCAUGAAUUAAAUUUCAGCUGGUUUUUGCCCGUGAGAAGAGUCACAGUUGUUAUUCAUCAGGUAUAGCUAUAGUAUUCUAAGUCUUUUUCUGAGCUCCAGCUUAUAUACAUACAUACUGAGGUUGAUCAAAGCUAGUGGCUAAGCAGUUUGAGGGCUACAGCUUUUCCUUUCUCAUUAAAUCCAUGCAUGUUUGUUUGAUCUUAUCAGAAAAAUGUGCUGAUGACUCUCUUUUGUCCCUGAGGCUUGGUAACUUCAUUAUGCAGUCUAUUGAUUUUUUUUUUAAUUAUUAUUUUAAGGAAAUAAAAUUCUGUUUUAGUUAAAAUUGAGGGGUUCUAGGAGAAACAACUCCAGAUUGGGAUCAAAAAAUUGCUUUUUAAGAGGCUGCUUUGUGCAUCCUCACGUGAAUACGGUGUGCUCUGCCCUUUCUCCCUGCAAUCUCCCUGUCUUAGGAGGAAGGCCUGAGAGAAUGGGUCCAGUGGGCAAAAUAGAAGGUAGACACAGGUUAUAGCUCCAGACCAGUUAAGAGCGCUGUUGUUCAGUCACUGGUGUAGAUGAUGCAGAACAAAACUACUGCUCUAUCAGACUACUUUUUAUUAUUCACAUGCUCUUAUACCAGCUGUUGUCCUGGAAAAUGCAUUGAAAUCAUGUUUUACAUAGUAUUUUUACUUAAUUUUCUCUUCCGUUUUUUCCUCACUGUGGUUCUACUCCAUGUGCAAGUGAAGUAGAGAUUUUGGGGGAAUGAUUUUGCAAUAGUUCUGAGUUCAUGUACUCCAUUUCUUCUAGACCAGUGACCAAAAGGUGGCUGUCUUAGUCAGUGAACUGUCAUUUAUUGGAUUGUCAUGGACAUCUGGCAAUAGCACUGCUGUAUUAUCUCAAUUAUUAUUGGAUUAAGUCUGCUUUAUUCAUGUGGCUUUGCAUUGGAGAUGGAUUUCUGUAUAGUUCUUUAUAGUCUUUAGAGGUGGGAGGCAGUCCUGCUGAGAGGCAGGAAGAGCUCUGAUUUUUGCCAAGAUGAAAUAAAAGCCCUGGAAAAUGAUUUAUUGGUGACAUCUUUGAUAUCUGCUUUCCUGCUGUAGAUGAGAUGAAGGAAUGUUUUGGGGGCUGGGGGCUGGCUCUGAGAUUUCUCUGGUUUCGUCUUAGGCUCCAAGUUUAAAAUAGCAUUUGAUCAUUUUCAUUGUUUAUACAGAAUUUAGGUUGCCCAAGGCAAAAAAUGUGGUUCCAAGACUGUGCUAUGCACCGUCUCCACUGUAACAUUGACCACGUCUUUUUGCAGAAAAUUAGUUACACUGUUAGGAGUACUUGGCUGCUUCUGAUCUUUAUCUUGGCUGAGAUCCCGAUUUUCUUCCAAUUGCAUAGAAUUCCUCUGGGGAAGAAUCGGCUACAUCUCGGUUUGGGGUAAGGGAGAAGAGGGCUGGUGCUGAGCCUACUCUGCGCUUCCAGGAUGUUCAUUAUGUUAUGUGGAUGCCUUUGGGGUUUGUCUUAGUGCAGCCAACUCCUGCUGGUAAACCAAGGCGAAGUAGGCGACGCAUUUCAAACCUGAGGUAGCCUGUUUUUUCUUUUCCCUUGGAAACAAACUGACUUGAAAGGUCUUUAUUGAUCACUGUCAUUUGUUCCUGUAUACACAAGUGACUCAUUAUGCCAUGCAGUCAGUGUGAGAGGUCCUAAUGAUUUGGCAAGUACCUCAUCAGCACAGUAUUACAGAGUCUAAUUGUAAACACGAGCCAAUCUCUACCUUGUUCAAUAGACACUUGAAAUUCAAACAGGUGUUCUCAUGCUUUGCUAAAGUUAGGCGGGGUGGGAAAUGCCUUGUGUAGCUGUCGGAGAGAUGGGCAUGUUUAUUUUGUACAGCACAAAAUUGCAAUGUUAGCAUUCAGACUUUCGUUCUUGCAUCUCUGCAAUAACAAAAAAUCACGAUGCAUUUUGUGACACCAGGAAAAAAACGAUGUUGUCUGCUCACCUUUUUCUUGGAUUUCUUACCUCUUGGUACUAGGAAGACAGCAGAACACUGACUAUGUGAUUCAGUUGAUUUUACCGAUGUUUGUUGAGCAGCAUUUGCCAAAUAGCAUUAAAUCAGGUAGGGAAGUGGCCUAUUUCCAAAUUUUAAAAAUGUUGAAUGAAGGAGCAUUGAAUGAAAAAUGAAUCAGGGAUGCACCCUUUCCAUCCUGUGUCCUGGCACCUUUGGACAUACAUUUUUUUUGGCCAAAUUUAGGCAAAUAGGUACCCUUGAAAAUGUGAGGUUUCCUAAAGGUCAUAAGGAAAUAGUUUUCCCUUUUUGCUUACAGUUUGGAUUUCCUCAUUAUGCACAUUUUCACAAGACUGCAUGGGUUUGCUAUACUACAGCUCCCUCAAGUGGUGAAAUAUUUUCCCAUUUCAAACUGCAGCUCACUUUCUGUGAAACACUUGCUCUUUUCAGAAGGCAUAGAGACUUUCUCCAACUUCCUCUUUAUUCUGCCUGUUCUUUCCUCAGAUGUUGAAAAAUACGAACGGCUGUCAGGGCUGUGGGCUUAUCAGCAAAGCAGAGCAGUGGGUGAAAGGGCUACGACAGUGCUCUUUGUUCAGCACCUGACCUGUUGAACCAGCUUGGGCAGGACAUUUCACUGUGUAAGCUUCAGUUUUGUCAUCUGCGAACUAGGGAGAAUAUUUGUAGACGACCUAGAGUUGUUCUAAACGUUAAUUUCUUAUCUUUUUUAAAAAUAACUCUUCUUUCAAGCAAUGCUUUUGUGUAUCUGACACAGAAAACACCAAUCCCUUGACAGCAGGCAGCAGCCUGUCUGCUGUCAUCUGUUUGCUGUCAUGCUACAAAACGUCAAAACCCUGUUACACAGCAGAAACAUCAGUGUUCAAGGAAUAGGAGUGUGAUCAGAAAGAACUCAGGCUUGUUCUGCUUUGGUUCACAGUGAAUUUGUGCUACAAAAUGCACUCUGGUAUUACCCCUGCACCAGUAAUUCUUUGUUUCUCCAUAUAAGAACGCGAAAAGUAAGUUUUCUACAGUUGUCUGAGGGAGUCCUGUUGUGUCUUGAUUCUGUAAGUGGAAGAGGUCCUUGACAUCCUGACUUAAUGUGAAAUGCUAUGCAGGGUUCCCAGAGUGAAGGAAAAGUCCUACCUCAUCCUUUGAAGGAAGUCUGAAGCUGUAAAACAACCUUAUAUGUUCUUCAUAAGAUCAGGAAUCUGUUUGAUAUCCGAUCCUGUUAAAAUAGCGCUCACCAUCAGUCUUAGCGAUUAAAACUGAUUAAAAUCCAGUUGCUACUUGAUUUAGAGCAACAAAUACACAAACAACAUUUUUUUUCUCAACACACUGUCUUUUAAUUUGGAAACAAAACUGAAAUUUAUGAUUGAGUAGAUAAGGUGGUGUUUUAUAUGUACGUAUCGCUUUUCAUCCUGAAGUACUUUAAAGUCCUUCGUAAACUAGGUGUACACAGCAAAGCCAGUGCCAUUCAAAGAAUGGUUACCCCCCAGAAACCUCCUUAUCAUUUUUCAUUAAUAAAUACACACUUAUUACUUAGUGUUUUCCCUGCUGGCUGUUGCUUGGGUUUCUGUCAGUUGCCAAUGAAUAUUCCACUCCAUUGAAGUUGUUAAUUACAGAUUUCAAUUCUGUUCUUGUCACAUAUUUUGAUGACUUAUUUUUUCUUUUAUGUAGCUUUGCUGAAUAGGGGAGUCAUUCAGUUCUCUGCUAUUUUUCAUACGUGUUGAGGAAAGCAUUUCCUCAGAAGUGAUUGUUUUGACAUAAAUAUUUAAAAAUGUCUGACCAGAAAAUUAUUGUACACAGAGCCCGUUGUAUCGAAAAGCUACUCUCUGGAAACAAUUUCCAAGAUAUUGAGGAUCAUCUUAAAGAGCUUGAAGAUGUUGAUAUGACUAUUGAAUAUCUUCAGGGGACAGAAGUUACCAAGGCUGUAUACAGAGUACUCAAGAGCUGCCCUUCAGUAGAGUUGAAGAAGAAAGCAAAGCAGCUGUUGUCGAAGUGGAAGGCACUUUACAAGAAUAACUGUGUUCAGUCAGUGCAAGUUAAGAAGUCAGUUUCUGGAAAUGUGAAAGAGGAACUUGAACAUCUCGGUGUGACUCCUGGAGAACAGUUGCUGUCUGAAGGACCAAGUCAGCAGGAAGUAUUAGAUGCUGCCCCUUCUCAAGUUUUGGUCCCAUCACAAUCCGUUAAAAAUGUGGUAUGCAGUCAGCCAGAAGGUAGCUUGGAACAGCUCUCCCCUUUUGAGGACCAAUGUAUUGAUAACAGAGAUUCUAAACCUCUUGUUAAUGAAGUAAGCUUGCAGCAGGAUCACGUGAGAGCUCUGAGGUGUAAAUGUGCAGAUCUUCUUUAUAAAGCUAUGAGUGAUUCUGCCAAAGACAAAGAAGAAACUGAUAAAUGGCUAGAGCUAUCUAAAGAAAUCGAAGAACAUAUUUUUGCUCUUCAUUCUAAAAAUGACAGAAAGUAUAAAAAUUGCAUCAGAAGUAAAAUCUCUAACCUGAAGAACCCUAAAAGUAGCCACUUAAAAUGUAACCUUUUUUCGGGGACUUUGAGUCCAAAGGCUUUUGCUGAGAUGACAGUGAUGGAAAUGGCCAGUGAUGAACUGAAACAGCUCAGGGCCUUGUACACAGAGUCAUCUGUGCAGGAACAUCAGCUUCCACAAGUUAUUAACGGCACUCAGACAAACAAAAUAAAGUGUAGGCGCUGUGAAAAAUUUGAUUGUACUGUCACUAUGAUUGCCAGAGGAACUCUCUUUCUUCCAGGUUGGGUGCGAAACACAAAUCCAGAUGAACAAAUGUUGACUUAUGUUAUUUGUAAUGAAUGUGGAGAACAAUGGUAUCACAGCAGGUGGAUUUGUUUGUAAUGCUGUCCUGUCCUGUGGUGGUUUUACUCGUGUGGGCAGCUGAGUUUGUAGAGCAGGCCCCGGGCCAGAGCUGCAGCCUGUGGAGAGAUGCCCACACAGGAGCAGGUGACCUGGCAGGAGCUGCUGCCCGUGGGGGAUCCAGGUUGGAGCAGUUUGCUCCUGAGGGUUGGACCCCGUGGUACGGACCCAUAUCUGGAGCAGUUCUUGAAGAGCUGCUGCCUGUGGGCAGCCCACGCCGGAUCAGUUUGG